AUGAUCAUGGAUGUUUCGGGGGCCAAGAAUGCCGUGGAGCUGGCGAUGGAUUUGUUUAAAAACAAGGAUCUGUACGGCUUGGAAGGUGAAUUCUUUGAGGCCACUGAACGACUUGCCGAUGUGUUCAAAGCGCUUGAGCGAACAUUCAGCAAGCAACAAAAUCGCGAGCUUGGCAAAAAAGGGUACACGUUUCUAGAAGUAGAACAGUACAAAAUGGUACUCAACGCACAUGGUAAGUAA